AUGAAGUAUGGUGUGAUGGAUGCACUAGUGCACCCAGUGAACCCCAGAGUCCUUAAGUUCACUGGCAGGGAGCAGCCAUUUGCUCUACCGGUACUCAGGAUUUUCAUGGACAGUGACCUAGUCACUGGGACCAUCGUCUCAGCUGUGUCUCCUGCGAGUGACACACGCAAGUCUACGGGAUUGCGGCAACAUUUUCAAAUAUUCAAGAAAUUCCAGAAAGGAUUCUUCACGUUAAGCCUACAAGGAAUUGGAAAUAAUGUUAAGGAAAAAUUUUUGGCUGACAUCAAGAAGGCCAAGUAUUUUGGAAUUCUUUUUGACAGUAUACCUGAUAUUUCUCAUACAGAUCAGAUGUCCGAAAAGUAUAUGCAAACAGAAGGUAUAAGUCUUGAAACGUGCACUGUAAAGCUCAAUGGUUUUAAAUUGUUUCUUCGAGGUCAGCGGAAUGAAAUUGUGGAGAGAGCGAUUCAAUAUGCAACUACACAAUGUGAAGAAAUGGGCAUCUCCAUGGAAACAAGGGGGAGGAUAAGGCGUAAGAAAAUGAUGCCAGCAGAGAUGGCUAGGGAUGCUGGACUGACAAUGCAAGAGGAAAUGAGGAGAUCAAUGUUUGAAUGGUUAUAUCGAUUUAGUCUAGAACUGGAUGCUCGUUCAGAGGCCAUGGAUAACAUCUUGUUAAUAUUUGCAGCUAUUCAGCGAAGCUACUUGCUUUCUGCAAAAGAAGAACAACUUCAGGGGAGUAUUUCAAAUUCAAGCAUGACCAAGAUUUUUAAUGAAAUUUCUGAUGAGGAUGUCACAGUAGAAAUUAUGCGACUAUGCAGACACAUGGAGGCUGCCAAAAUCACACCUGAAGAAGCAAAUAAAUGGACAGUCUUGCAGUUCCUGAAGUUUAUUGUCAAAUGGGACUUUUGUGAAACCUUGCCAAACUUGUCAUUGUGCCUGAGAUUCUUUUUAACUAUAUGUGUGUCUGUUGCAUCAUGUGAAAGAAGUUUCUCUAAACAGAAACUCAUCAAAAAUUAUCUUCGUUCUAGCAUGACUCAGGCAAGAUUAAACAGCCUAACUAUGAUUUCUAUCGAAAAUGAAUGUGCCAAGACAGUUAAUUUUGAUGAAAUAAUUGGUAAGUUUGCUGAAGCUAAGUCACGAACGAUGAGGCUGAAAAAUUAA